AUGGCAACCGAUCAACGGAAGUUCCUGCUCGUCGCGGUGGACUACUUCUCCAAAUGGGUCGAAGCCGAGCUCCUAGCCAAGAUAACUGAGCAGAUGAGGCUCAGGGAGUGGUGCGAAGGAUAUGGUAUCCAGCAGGCCUUCACUUCCGUGGCUUAUCCGCAGAGCAACGGGCAAGCAGAAGUCACCAAUCGGGAAAUCCUCCGAGUCUUGUGCGCUCGGCUCGACCAUAUGGGAGGCAGCUGGGUCGAUGAGCUCCCGAGCGUGCUGUGGGCCCUCCGCAUGAUGCCAAAGGAGGGGACCGGUCUGAUCCCAUUCCACCUGGUGUAUGGAAGCGAAGCGGUCAUCCCUGUCAAGGUCAGAUUAGAGUCCGAUAAGGUGCAGCAUUAUGAUGAAGGCAACGCCGAGCGGAGGCUUUUAGAGAUGGACUUGGAGGACGAAUCACGCGCCAAAGUAACCGUUUAG